AUGGCUGCAAGGACCUUGGCUCAGGUCGCUCCCACGGCGGAUACAAUUGCUCUGAACGCCUACAUUUACGGCUACGGCGGACACUCUCUAGUGACACCUCACGCAGCUUUGAAACUUCUCUGGUGGACGGAAGAACGCAUCAACCUCAAAGUCGAUCGCGCCUUCGUCUUGUCCAAGCUACGCGGACAAGAACGUGACUUCCUUGACCAGACCGUUGGUUUUGGCGAAGCGGGCGGAGUCAAGAGCGACGCCGAGUCGGUUGAUGUGCUGGGUAGCCUGACCAGUGAGACUUACUUGAGCUGGAUCCUGACCCGAGCUCGACGACUGUUUCUCAUCCUUACAGAGGUUGGUGUACCUGAUCAAAUUUUCGGUUGCAUCGACGAUUUAUGGGACGACGACGAUCUGCCUCUCACAAUGGAUAGCAUCAAAAAGAUGGAGCUCACGAUCGAUGACGACCCUGUGUUGGAAAAGAAGGUCUACGACACUCAAUUCAUCUAUCUUCUCAGAGAACUCAAAAAAGGCAACCAUAUCGAUUAUGAUUCGCGCGAGCACAUUCCUCUCGAGCACGUCGAUCAAAUCCCACCUGCUGUCAGUGUACAGGAGUAUGGCGGACGUGUUCACUUUCCAGCUCGGCCAGAUCAAGUCUUCAUGCGGCGAAAGAUUAUCCUCAGAGAAAAGGGUUCGGAGGAAAACGACAUGGAAAUCUUCAAACAGGACGUACUUCACGCCCAAGCGCUUGCUCAUCCGAAUAUCGCUCCAGUAUUUGCAUCUUACACCUCUGGCGAUGCUGGCUUUGUUCUCUCCAACUUUGUGGUUGAGCACACUCUGGCGACCUUUUGCGAUCAUCGCACGCCUCCUUCGUUCAUGCGCGUCAGCGCCUCCAAACGACCAGUACUGUUACAGCAGUGGAUGCUCUCAUUAGCGGACGCACUUGCGUACCUCCACGACAACGCUGAGGCACACACUGCAAUAUGUCCAUCGAAUAUUUGGAUCGAUCGAGACAAUCACAUCGUAUUUGCGGACUUGGGCAGCUUGAUUACGUUCCGCAAGGCGAAGAAAAUCAACAAUACAGAACUCUAUGAUUAUGCUGCGCCGGAGUCGAUAUCUCGGCAAGGUUCCGCUUCACAAUCACUCGUCAACGUCCCUUCCGUUGUAGAGCCCUCGCCAGCUCCACAAUCGGACGCGUCUUCCUCGUCGAAUCUCUUUGAUCCCAACCAAGCCGACAUCUUUUCUCUUGCUUGCAUCUACCUUAACAUUAUCACAUUCAUGGUUGAGGGCAAACUCACAGAGUUUGUCCGCUUCCGCUCAUACGCACUCAAUGCUUUCAAACAGCGGCGUUACCGCACUGAUCAGAGCUUCCACUCGGAUGCAGAUAUAUUGAGCAACUGGAUCACUCACCUGGGAACUGCAUGCGAAGGAAAAAUCGCGUCAGAGGAGACUGCUGGCACCAAGGAAUCGGUAGCUGUGUGGAAAAAGGUGCCGGCACUAUUGGACCUGGUCGGCCGCAUGUUGAACCACGACGCCGCAUCGCGUCCGCCGGCUGACGAAGUCCAGCGCACCAUUGAGAACAUCCUUAAA